AAUUAUAAUCUUUAUAUUCUAAAUAAUAUUUUUAUAAAAUUGUUUGUUAGUUGAUCUUCAAUCACAUAAAAUGCGUUUCUUUUAUUUUUCUUCUUCUUUUUUUUAAAUCCUUAUAGUUUUAGUUCUGCAAACACUUGUAUUUUAUUUUUUUCUAGUUAACUAAGAUACUGUGUGAAAAAUAUUUUAAAUAAAUAAAAAAAAAAUAUUAAAAAAAAUCAUGUUCCAGGAUACAUUGUUAAUUAUUAAACCUGAUUAUUUGGCAAAACGUAAAGCUCUUCUAUUACAUUUGUUGCAACAAGGAUUCUUUAUAAAGGGUCAGCGUAAAGUAUGUUUCUCUCCGGAAUUGGCUGCAGAGUUUUAUCAAGAUCUGGCUGAAGGUUGUGGUUUUAUGAUUCAAGUGAUUUUAUUGUCCAAGGGAAAAGCGGAAGCGUUUAUUUUAGCUAAAGAAUGUGCGGUAGAGGAUUUGAUCAAUGAUAUGGUGUGUUAUUUUAAUACUUCAACAGAAAUGGAACAAAACAUCCAUGUUACCAAAUGUCUUGCCAACGUCCAGAGAGAAAUUAGUUUUAUUUUUCCCAAUUACAUUCACGAACCAAUUUACUGUCCAGAACAAAUUAAAUUCUGCGCUAAUAAUCCUCUUGUUGAGUCCACAAUAAAUACACUAUAUGAUAUUGUAGUUAAUCCCGCAAAAGAUCCACACAAAAGUUGGAAAGAGAAAUUAGCGGAAUCUUUAAUUUCAACAAAUACAACUAUACCACAUAUUUCCAAUCAAUGUUGCCACAAUUUAAACCUAAAUGCACAAGAUACAGCACAACAAACUAAAAUCACUUGCUUUAAACAUGAAAAGGUCCAGUUAAGAGGGUCUCUGUCAUCUGAUUUGGACAUGAGUAGAGAUUGUAGCUCACUUACAACAAGUUCUUGCGUUUCAUGUUCGGCAUUUGAUAGUGAUGCAGAUUGUAUACAACAGACUUUUGAACAGCCAUUUACAGAAAUUAUUAAGGCUCGAACAGCACCCUUGGAAGUGCAAGAAACGUCUAGCAGUUCUACAUUAAAGUCGGAACAAGAAGGUGCUUUAGAAGAUUGGUUAACGGAAGAACAUGCAGUUGGUUUAAGUGCUAAUGACAUAGGCGAAGAUAAAAUUGUAGAUGAAGAUUUUAAGGAUGGAGCUGACAAAGAUAAAUUUGUUGCAUUAGAUUUUCCAACAAUUGAACAUAUGAAGGUUAAUGAAUUGCCUGAAAUGGAAUCACUUCAAUCAACUACAACUAAGACUGUUAUUGAUGAUAUUCCAGCCAAAUCUGAAGAAAACGCAAUUCAUAUUGCAAAUAAAGAUAAAAACAAGCAGACUGAAGAAGACAACUUGCAAUCGCCCAAGGGAAACAUUGUGUCUGCUGCAGAAGAAAAACAAUCUAGUGAAGUUAUCUCCAAGUUAGUUCCAAUUAAGGGAAAUAAUAAUGAUGUUGCAGAAGAUAUUAUUCCAUCAACUGCAUAAAAUAUUAUGCUCUGGACUCGGGAAUAUUUAAUCAUAUACAUAAUAUAUUUUGGAAGUUUUUUGUUUUCAUAAAAAUCAAAAACAAUACCAUACUUUUUUAAAAA